AUGUGUCCUGGGUGCACCACCGCAGUUCUGCCCAGGGCUGGGGCCUCUGCAGAGCUGGUGGUGGACGUCCAGGGCUGGGGCAUCUGCAGAGCUGGUGGUGGACAGCCAGGGCUGGGGCAUCUGCAGAGCUGGUGGUGGACGUCUAGGGCUGGGGCAUCUGCAGAGCUGGUGGUGGACGUCCAGGGCUGGGGCAUCUGCAGAGCUGGUGGUGGGCAUCCAGGGCGGGGGCAUCUGCAGAGCUGGUGGUGGGCGUCCAGGGCUGGGGCAUCUGCAGAGCUGGUGGUGGACAGCCAGGGCUGGGGCAUCUGCAGAGCUGGUGGUGGACGUCCAGGGCUGGGGCAUCUGCAGAGCUGGUGGUGGGCAUCCAGGGCGGGGGCAUCUGCAGAGCUGGUGGUGGGCGUCCAGGGCUGGGGCAUCUGCAGAGCUGGUGGUGGACAACCAGGGCUGGGGCAUCUGCAGAGCUGGUGGUGGACGUCCAGGGCUGGGGCAUCUGCAGAGCUGGUGGUGGGCAUCCAGGGCGGGGGCAUCUGCAGAGCUGGUGGUGGACGUCCAGGGCUGGGGCAUCUGCAGAGCUGGUGGUGGGCAUCCAGGGCUGGGGCAUCUGCAGAGCUGGUGGUGGGCGUCCAGGUCAGAUGGAUUAUGGGUGAAAAGGUCUUGCAUCUAAUUGCUCCGGUGGAACUGUGGCCCGCCGCGGCAAACACAAAGGGCCGGUCAGGCACGCUUGAGUAG